CCCCACACCCCCUAUCCCCACCCCCUUGUCUGCCUGAUCCGUUCCCUGCGUGAUGGCCAACAUGGCCAACAUGGCCGACAUUACCACAGCAGGAGGUGGGAAUGCAGUGGUCCUGAAGGCUGGAGAGGAAGGAGGAAAGAAGGAGCUUUUACAGAGCGAGCUUGCUCAGGGUGAGCUUGCUCAGGGCGAACUUGCUCUGGGCGAAAUUGCCCCAAGCAAGCCUGCUCAAGAAGAACUUGCUCAAUCCAGUCUUACUCAGGAAGCCACAGGAGUGGUAGAGGAGGGAGAAAACGAAGAAGAAGAAAUGGAAGGAGGUCAUGCUGGAGAUGGUAGUUCUGACCCCAUGGACAAGGGGAUCCCCGCGGAAGGUGGUCAUGGCAGCAGUAUUGAACAGCAGCCUCAGCAAGAGGCGGCAAUGCCUGAGGGCACCAAGAGUCUCCAGGCUGGGGACAGGAAACCUUUCCAGAGACGCACCAGAUUCACCCAGUCUCAGCUGCGGGACCUAGAGCGUCUUUUCAAAGAGAAUCGCUACCCCAGCUUUCAAGUAAGGAAGGAUCUUGCAAGAUGGAUGGGUGUGCCGGAAGCAGAUGUGCUGGAUUGGUUUAGGACCAGGAGAGUGAAUUUCAAGUGAAGCACUACACUAUCAAUGCUGUUUGAUGCACCACCUGGUCCCCAGAACAACGAUCCCUGAAGAUUUUGGAGCAGCGCAUGAGUUCCACCUCUGUCCAGAGCCAGAUGUUGUGGAGCCUGGCCCUGCCCCCAAUGUCUCGGCCACCCAUGCUGGUCAUGACAUCCUUUUCUUCCCUGCAAUUAUCUUAGCAAUAAAGAGGUGGAUUCUCAGUA